AUGCCACCGAAAAAGAAAGUCACCCCGAAGAAGAAGACCUCACGGACCACUCCAGUCCAUCCAGGAGGCGACCAGGAACCUACUGCGGCCGCCACUGCUGCUGCUGCUGCUGCGGCCACCGAUGAUGCCAUGGGCAACGUGUUGGCGGGCAUCCAUAACAUCAAUUUUGAUGCACGCCAGUACAUCGGCACCCCAACCAUUAUUGUCAAAAUAUUUCAGAGUGACGAUCCAGACUCACCCUUUCGUCGCUUGCGUCGUCGAGUCAGCAUUCUUGCAAUCGCCAUGUCCGGCUGCAAGCCCGAAGACAUCAACAUUUCCCAAAAGCAAGUCACCGGUGGCACUAGGAUUGCUGUUCGCUGGAGAUUGCCAUCCAAAAUGUGCAUGUCAGACUUCUUGCUUGGGACCAUUGCUGUGGAAGAUCCAGAUAUGGCGGAUGCUAUCGAGCCAGAGCUCCAGAAGCUGGCUGGCCAGUGGCAGUUGUAUGAAGUUGAUUUGGGCAUGCAACUGGAAGGUUGCUUCUGCAUCGGUCCUGGUCUUCAGCCGGCUGCAAUGCAUGAGCAACACUGUCGCUGGAAUACUCCACCUGACAGGAGCAAGGGAGGGGCCAUCUUUCAGGCCUUCUGCACGUUGGUGACAGCAUUCGAGGUUGCCCAAGACAAAGGAGACAACCGCUACGAUGAGUAUAAUGACUACAGCCUUUUCAACAUGACGGAGGACCAUGCCAACUACUCAAUGACAUGGGCCGCCGCAACAGCUUCUUUUAAAAACCAACCAGCACCUGCGCCUGCUGCCUAG